AUGGUGUUAGGAAUGAUAAAUGAGAUUCAACAAUAUCUCGAUGCAAGGUAUAUUGGACCUCCAGAAGCUGCUUGGCGAAUAUUUGGUCAUCCUUUGCAUGCAGAGAUGCCAACAGUUGUACGAUUGGCAUUUCAUUUACCUGGAAUGCAUCGCGUUUUUUUUAACCCAGAAGAGUCAUUACAAACGAUUCAAUCUAGAGCUGGUCAACAAAUGUCAACUCUUACUGGCUUCUUUGCAUAUUGUGCUGCUAGUGAAGAUGAAUGUCCAUUCACUUAUCAAGAAUUUCCACUGCAUUUUGUAUGGCUCAAGUCAGAAAAAAGAUGGAAAUCAAGAGAAAGGGGAUAUUCAAUUGGUAGAAUGUACUUUGCCAGUCCUAAUUGUGGUGAAAGAUUUUAUCUGUAUUUGUUACUAAUUGUUGUCAAAGGACCAAAGUCGUUUCGGUCUUUACGCACGGUCGAUAAUGUUGUGCAUGAUACAUUUAAAUUAACAUGUAUUCCAAGGGAGCUUUUAGAAGAUGAUGAAGAAUGGAUACAAUGCUUGAAAGAGGCUGCAGUUAUGAAAACUGGAUACCAAUUGAGGAGAUUGUUUAAUAUUAUUCUCACCCAGUGCUCUCUACUAAAUCCAUGUGCAUUAUGGAAUCAAUUCUCAACGCAUAUAUGUGAUGAUCUUGCACAUAAGAUUCGAAAAUGUUUAAUUGACUUCCCACCCAUGCCACAACCUACUGCAAAUUGGAGUACAGUAGUUGGUAAUCAAUUGAUAUUCGAACAUCAACAACUGCAGAAUGAGGCACAACAGGUAGAUCCACAAAUUACUAUUGAUUGUCUCAACAAUGGACAACAGAAUGCUUAUAACUCAAUCACUUCUUCAAUUUUUCAAAAUAAAGGAACUGUUUUCUUUCUUAAUGGGGGUGCUAGAACAGGGAAAACAUUUAUGUACAAUACGAUUGCAUUAAAAUGUCACAGCCUUAGGCAUAUCGUUGUUACUGUGGCUUCAUCUGGAAUUGCAUCAUUGUUAUUGGAUAAAGUUUCUAUGCAACAUAGACAUUGUGUGGAGCCGGUUGAUCGUACAUUGAGGGAUAUUCGUGAUAGUGUAAAGCCAUUUGGGGAUAUUACGGUUGUUCUUGGUGGAGACUUUCGACAAAUCUUACCAGUUAUACCCAAAGGAAUUCGUGAGCAAAUUGAUUGGAUCGAAAAAUUUAUGGAGCUUAAAAGGAGAAAUACAACUAGCUUGCUUCGAUGGGGAUGUAAUAAGGGAUGUCAGGCUUUGAAGCAGCAUUUAGAAGAUCUUAUGAGACAGGGACAUCUGAGGGAUUUGAUUGAUGAAGAGAAGACGAGGGAGGAGCAGGCCAAGUUGGCACAAGAACCACUUGGAGCACCACCGUUGUCACCCACCGCACUUCAGAUUGAGGAGAUAGAAGACGAAGACCAAAAGGUCUUAGAAGAUGUCGACAAGGAGCCAGCCGACAAGAGUCAAGAACCAUUGAAGAAGAUUAAGGUAAAUGAAGGAGACGAGGAAAGAUUCUUACAUAUUGGCUAUGGGCUAGCUGAGGAGGAGGAAAGAAAAUUAGAAGCUUCCGUGAGGGAGAACAUGAAGGUGUUCGUGUGGACACCAUACGAGAUGGCGGGGGUCAACCCCGAGGUCACUUGCCAUAAACUAAAUGUUGAUAGAAUGGCAAAAUCAAUAAUUCAGAAAGCCAGAAGACCUACCCUAAUCCAUGUGAAGGUAGUAGAAGAAGAGGUGAAGAAGUUGUUGGAAGCCCAAGCUAUCUGA